AUGUCCUCCCAAUCAUCCGGAAAUCCUUCCUCCUCUACUGCCACCUCGUACCCCCAACGUCGAGGCUCCAUAACCGAGUACUUCCGCCCCCCACAAUCCUCAACUUACCCCGGUCCAAUCACCUCUGCAGCAGCCCAGGCCAACCACCGUCGUCGAAUGUCCUACUCCGGUGGUACCGGUCUCACAGGAACUUCACCACCAACACCAUGGUUUGGAGGAUAUACUCCCGGUAGUGGAGGAGGGCGUAGGGCAAGCAUUAGCUCUGUUUCGUCCAGUGCCAGUUCUCCGAUCGAUGUAGACGCGGACGAAAAACGAGAUGUCGAUAUGACGUCUUCUCCACCUGGAUCAUCUAGCGGGAGUUUUGCUAGACGGCUUAGUUUUGGAGCGAGGGCUUUGAGGGAUGUUAAACGGAGUAUGAGUUUUGGAACUGUUGGCGAAGGUGAGCCGGAGAAUGAACAUAGGGCUACUCAAGAAUCAAUGGCUCCUCCACCUCCUCCACCUCACCAUGCUGCUCCUAAGCAUGAUGAGGUUCAGGAGAGGAUGUUGAAAGGAGAUUUCUACUUUUGA